AUGAGUUUGUUCGGUAAAAUUUUCGGUGGGAAGAAACAGGAUGUCGCUCCAUCCACACAAGAUGCCAUCCAGAAAUUACGCGAGACGGAGGAGAUGUUGAUUAAAAAACAAGAUUUUUUGGAGAAGAAAAUUAAAGAUGAGGUAGCAACUGCAGUAAAACAUGGAACGAAGAACAAACGCUUGGCACUCCAUGCUCUUGGUAGGAAGAAGCAGUUCGAAAAGCAGCUGAACCAUAUUGAUGGAGUUCUGCAGACUAUCGAAUUUCAGAGGGAAGCUCUAGAGAAUGCUUCUACUAAUGCUGAAGUGCUUCAAGUUAUGGGUGGUGCCAGUAAGGCACUGAAAGCAGCGCACAACAACAUGGACAUUGAUCAGGUGCAUGAUCUCAUGGAAGAUAUUGCGGAGCAACAGGAAGUAGCCAAUGAAAUUGCGGAGGCGAUCUCAAAUCCCGUAGGGUUUGACCGGGCAAUCGAUGACGACGAGUUAUUGCGAGAAUUAGAACAGCUUGAACAGGAAGAACUGGACAAACAAUUACUGGAUGUACAACCAACUCCAGUUGUGCUCCCUGAUGCUCCAUCGACAGAUUUGCCAACCGCCAGCAAGGUGAAGCCAUCGAAAGUUGAUCAUGAUAAGGACCUCGAAGAUCUUGAGAUGUGGGCGAACGCGUAA